ACUUCAGUGACAGAAGGGAGCGUGCUGAUCAAUACGAGUGGCGGGAGGCUCGCGCAGGAGUCAGUGUUGAAGCGCGAGGAGAAGAGCGGCUCUGACUUCAUUUAACCGGAGUAAUUUUAACUUCAUUCAUGUGAGACACGGACUGAGUAAAAAAGUUCACUAAUGGAGACUUCUGGCUGUUCUGUUUUCUGGUGGUUGGCUAUCUUCGUAUUUUCGGCAAUGUCUGACAGGAAUGUAGUCGGCAUGGUGGCUCCCAGUGCACUGAUAAUCAAGGCACUGUGUAAGUUCUGCGAUGUGGAGCUCUCAAACUGUAAUGGCACCGGAACAUGCAAAGUAAGCUGUGAAAUCACCUCUAUCUGUGAAGAACCUGAUCAGGUCUGUGUGGCAAUCUGGAGAAAAAAUGAGCAUAACAACACCAUUGAGACAUUGUGUCACUCGCCAUCCUUACCUGUGCAUGGCAUUCAACUACCCACCGACACCAGCAGCGUUUGUGAAAUGAAGCAGCAGAAGACAGAGAGCGGACUGCUCUACAUCUGUUCCUGCACGGAGGAAGAGUGCAACCAGAACCUAGUGUUCACACACAAUUUGCCAGACAACGAGUCGUUGUUGGUGAUUUUGGUCAGCCUGCUGCCCCUCAUGGUCUUAGCUGUGCUAGUUGUGGCCUCUUUCUACUGCUACCGCAUCUACAAACAGCGCAAUCUCUGUGAGUGGGAGACUAAAAAACCUGCAAAGCGUCCCAAAGGACCACUUGAUUGCAGCGACGCGCGCGCCAUCAUGCUAGACGACGACCGCUCAGAUAGCAGCUCCACACACGCAAACAACCUCAACCACAACACGGAACCACUGCCCAUCGAGCUGGAUGUCCAAGUGGGCAAGGGUCGUUUUGCAGAGGUCUAUCGGGCCAAGCUGAGGCAGAGCUCAUCUCAGCAGUUCGAGACGGUGGCGGUGAAGAUCUUCCCGUGUGAAGAGUACGCCUCGUGGAAGAAUGAGAAGGAUAUCUUUUCCGACAGCGAUCUAAAACACGAGAACGUGCUGCACUUCUUGACAGCUGAGGAAAGGAAGGCUGAGAGGCAGUACUGGCUAAUCACGGCCUACCAUUCUCGUGGCAACCUGCAGGACUACCUCACCCGACACCUGAUCAGCUGGGAGGAUCUGCUUCAGCUGGGCAGCUCACUGGCACGUGGCGUCGCUCAUCUACACAGCGAGCGAACACCCUGCGGCAGGCCCAAAAUUCCAAUUGUACACCGGGACAUUAAGAGCUCCAACAUCCUGGUGAAGAGCGAUCUCACAUGCUGUCUGUGUGAUUUUGGUUUGGGAUUACGACUGGACAACUCCCUGUCUGUUGAUGACCUGGCCAACAGUGGACAGGUCGGAACAGCCAGAUAUAUGGCACCUGAGGUGUUGGAGUCCAGAAUCAACCUGGAGAACAUCGAGUCCUUCAAGCAGACAGAUGUCUAUUCGAUGGCUCUAGUGCUGUGGGAGAUCACCUCUAGGUGCAAUGCCAUCGGAGAGGUAAAGGAUUACGAGCCACCAUUUGGCUCUAAAGUACGAGAGCACCCCUGUGUGGAAAGCAUGAAGGACAACGUGCUAAGAGACCGGGGCCGACCAGAGAUUCCGAGCAGCUGGAUGAAACACCCGGGUGUGGCCUUGGUGUGCGCCACCAUCAACGAGUGCUGGGACCACGACCCCGAAGCCCGGCUUACAGCGCAGUGCGUGGCCGAACGCUUCUCAGAGAUCGACGACGAUCUGGACAAGCUGUCCACCCGCAGCAGCUCUGAGGAAAAGAUUCCCGAAGAUUGCUCUGUCAGUGUGAGCGACGAUAAGUGAGAGGGAGUUCAUUUAUAGCAACUCUGGACUGGGAGAGUGUUUCUGGCUCUGUUAGUGAACUGGGUUCAUCUGCUUGUGAUCUCUCUUCGAACAGGGGAAACUAGAAUACAGUAUGCUACGAAUGACGUGUGCUUGUGUCUGCAGGUGUAUCACAGACCACGGCGCCCAGGUCAGGGGAAAUGAAGUAGUUUCAAGCUUUAUUGUCCUAUAACCAAAGAGUUAAUGCACUUUAUCAGAAUGUCUAUGCAUAUCUAACAGUAAGGACACACUGGUGGGGUUAUGGUGAGAGAAGGUGGACAGAGUUCAUUUCUCACAGCUCUCUUGAGCUCAGCUAGCAGUGGACAUUACAGAGCAGGUAUCUGCAGAGAUUAUAUGACAUGUACAGAUAAAGUCAGCACUGUCUGUUGUAAUGAAAGUGUGUGUGUGUGUGUGUGUGUGUGUGUUAGUGUGUGGAUACAUGUUUGACUACAUCUGUUAAAUGAAUGUUGUGAUAAACAAAGAUUUCUAUUUUACUCAUUUACCUAGGAAAUAAGCACAGUGUAAAUACAAGUAUAAUUCUUUAUCAUUGUAAAAGUGAAAAAGGAAUCAUCAGUCUGCAUCAAAUAUCCUGGGUAACAGACAGUAUUUUGGUAAAGCAUUUCCAAAGGUGUAACUUUAUUUGUGAUCAGGAAAUAACAGCUAAUUGUGCCUUUCUUUUACAUUUUUGUAUGCAAUAUUUUGUAAAUCUUUUAUGAUUAAAUGUAUUCUUUUACAGUGUUUACUCAAACAAUGGUUGUGCAUUUUAUUUCUGGGGAAAUACAGUGGACCCUUAACCUAUUUUUCCCAUAAGAAAUAAUGUAAAUAAAAUUAAUCCGUGCCAGACCUCCCAAACCACCCCCUUACCUAACAUCUCUAAUGUCUUAAAUGCUCUUUUGUGUUAUAAAUACAACUAUAUUUUCUCUUAAAUUAUAGAAUAGACAUUCCUGUAAUAAACAAUAAUAAACAACAAUACACAGUAGUACUGUACUGUACAUAAACCCACAUCACAUUUCAGUACAGUACGUGUGCUGUACCAUACACCAUAAUACAUUGUAUUUACC